AUGAAAAAAUUAAUAAAUAAUAGGAUAUUAACAGAUGUAGACAAUCAAUUUUAUUUUAAUAAUUUUUAUGAAUUAAAUUUGAAUCUUGUAAAUCAAUUUAAUGACUGUAAUGAUGAUAAAGAAAUAAUACAUCUUCGAAAUAUUAUAAAUUCACAUGUAAAGAAGUAUAAAGAAAGUAAUACGUUACCCAAUUUAAAUAAUGUAGAUAAAAAAACGAAAAAGUUAAUCUACAAACUUCAAAAAGAAUUCGAAGAAGCAGAAAAAGAGAUUGAUAAUAUAAGGAAUGAUGAAUUAGCAAUAAAACCAAUACAAGAUAAAAGAAUAACAAAAAAAGAUGAAAAUAUUUCUCUACUAGAGCACGAAGAUUUUAAAGAAUUGGAAAAUUACGAAAAUAUUUCGAAGAGUAAAUACGAUUUUGAAAGUGAAUAUAAUGAAAUUACAUCAAGUAUUAGAUAUAAGAAAAUACAAAUUUAUGAAAAUAUGAAGAAAAUAUAUCAGAAAUUUAUUAAGAAUAGUAUAAUGUUUUGUGUAGGUGGUUUUAUGGUAGUGUCAUUAGGAGUGUAUAACUCAAUAAUAUUACCUAUAUUGUAUAUGGGUUACAUGGUUAAGAAAAUGUGGAAACUCCUUAAACUGGACAUAAAAAAAGACAAAUUAUCAAGAUAA